CAGCUUCAAAAGUAUCCACCUCUUGAGUACCUCACGCACGCAUUCAAGUGCGAAUUAUCCCAUCCCCACGAAUGAAAAAGAACGUUUAUUUUCCAGUAGCGUGUGCAGAUCUUUUCGCUCACAAAACGACUGACCCAAAAUGAUUAAGCGUCAUGGCAAUAAUCAUCACCGUAGAAAUAAUAAAACACAAAUAAAAUCCUCGCUUCAUUAAAAGUAAAUUAUCCAUUUUUCCAUUUAAUUGAUCUAGACACAGGAGAUGAAGAACUUUACUCACGAGCACGUCUCGUUGGAAUUAAGGAAAAAUUCAUCCGGCGAGCUUUGGGAGCUUUCUCGUUUUUUUUCCUCGUGAAGUAAAGUCAGUUUAGAGAGGUGUAAUAAAAUAGCAUUGCAAAUCAAACGACGGGCUGUUAAAGGGAAUGAGGAGGACACCAUAGUCCCCCUUUCACCAUAUAACGACGACCAAAUAACAUGAGUUUCUGUACGUUGGGGCCCCACCAGUGGAAAGUUAUAAUUGUGAAUUAAUGUGGCUGAAAAUGUUUAUUCACUGCCAGUUUAAAUUAAUUACCGGGAAAAAGUGACGAUCAGUGCGGUGGAUGAAUUGCUAGGGGCGGCCAAGUAAGUGGAGAGAGUGUGGGUGAGAGACAGAGUGGUGGUGUGUAUUGCGAAGGGGCGGACAAUAGACAUCUCUGUAGGGUAAUUUGCGACUCAUAAAAGCAACACUACCAGAGCAAGAGCAAAGCGAAUCUUUUCUCCUUCUUAAAAAAGAAAAAGAAAACGAAAAACGGGGGAGGUGUGUUGCCCCGAGACGUCGUCUACGUGAGGAACGUGCAGCCGAAGACAAUGGCAUUAACAACGGAGGACCCAUUGACAGUGUGGCAGAACGUGUCCAUCGUUCCCCUCACAUCUGCCACUGAUGUCGAUGAGACAGAGAUGAUUGUGUCGCGCGUGGUGCCGGUCUUCUUUGGGGUUAUCGGCAUCACGGGCUUCCUGGGCAAUAUGCUCGUCGUCCUGGUGGUUGUUUCAAAUCCAGGAAUGCGCUCAACAACAAACAUCCUCAUUAUCAAUCUUGCCGUUGCGGAUCUCCUCUUUGUCAUCUUCUGCGUACCCUUCACAGCCACCGACUACAUGCUCUCCAUGUGGCCCUUUGGGGAUUCAUGGUGCAAAGUUGUGCAAUACCUCAUUGUGGUUACAGCACACGCAAGCAUCUACACCCUCGUCCUCAUGAGUCUCGAUCGCUUCCUGGCAGUAGUGCAUCCCAUUGCGAGUAUGGUGAUUAGAACUGAGAAGAACACACUUAUGGCAAUUAGCGUCUUGUGGUUUCUCAUCUUGAGCACCGGAAUUCCUGUUCUCUUCGUACACGGCGUACACGAAUAUCGUCAUGGUGACAGGAAUCUCACAUCAUGUACAUUUCUCGAUGAUGGUGGUUUCUCAUGGCCGGCCUUUCACAUAGCAUUCUUCUCCAGUUCAUAUCUAGUCCCAUUAGUGCUAAUAAGUGGUUUGUACCUACGGAUGUUAUUGCGUUUGUGGCGACACGGCGUGGGAGGAAGGAUAUCCGCCGAGUCCCAUCGAGGACGUAAACGUGUAACAAGAAUGGUUGUGAUAGUUGUAGCAGCGUUUGCAUCUUUAUGGUUUCCCAUACAGGUGAUACUAGUUCUUAAAAGCAUCGGACUGUAUAAGGCGGAUACGGAUUUAAAAAUAUCCCUUCAAAUUGCCGCCCACGUGCUAGCAUACAUUAGUUCCUGUAUCAACCCUGUGUUAUAUGCAUUUCUCUCUGAGAAUUUCCGAAAAGCAUUUCGAAAGAUAAUGUACUGCGGACCAAUGCUAAGAACUGGCCUCAGUGGACGACAGCAUAUUCCUCUGCCAACACGAACCACGAGAACGGGCAGCAUUCCAGACACCGUCUAGGAUAGGAACGUAUUGGGGAUAUCCUUGAAAAAAUACACAUUUCAUGUUGCUUCAACAUGGUACUUUUUUAUAUACGAAAGCAUAAUACUUUAUUCGUGAUGUACAGGAAAAAAACAUUGAAGGUGGUGAAAGUAAAAGAAACGAAUUAAAUAAAAACUCUAGAAAAUUAAAUAAAAUUAAAUUAAAAAAAAAAGUUCUUACAUUCACACACAAAUAUCAUUAAAUAAAAAAGAAUUAACUUUAGCGUUGAUAGAUAUUUGUUAUGUUUAAAAAAAAGAAUAAGAAUGAUAAAAGUUAUUUAUAAAAUAUAUUUUUAUUAAAAAAGAAAAAAAUGUGAAUAUAAUGAAUGAGUUCUUUUGCAUUUAGAAAGAAGUAUUAAAUUACAAAUUAAAUAGAAGAAAUAAUAUUUUAAAAAAUGGCACAUUUCUCUUAACUAUUUUUUACAAUUAAAAACUAAUCUCAAAAACGGCUUUCAUUGUCGAAAAUGUCACAAAGGAAAUUUCAAUCCUUUAAAUAAAAAAAAAUUCCUUUAUGCAACAAAAUCCAUGACGUUCAUAUUUUCACAUGUCAGCAGUUUUUUUUCUACCCCAUGUGGUGGUAAAAAAAAGUUGCGAAACAUUAAAAGCUUUUCCUAUCAGGUGGGUGUGUGUACUUCAAUCAACGUGAUACGUUGUAAUUGAUGCUUUUCAUUCAUUUGCCUCCCCGUUGAGAGUCACAAAAUUUUCGACAUUCUAACCAAUCAUCAUAAAUUUUCACCCAACAAACAAAUUGAAAAACACUCAACAAACCACUUGAACUGCAACCAUUUUGAUUGAUAACUCCUCCAAGUUUUUGAUUUAAUUUCACAAUAUUCGCUUGAUAUACAAUUUUUCACAAAUGGAGCUUUUUUCUCUCUCUCCGCAUAUUGGAUAAAAGUCAACCAUUCAAGUGGAAUUAAUUUACAAAGUUUCCUUUAAAACUUUGCUACAUUAAAUUGAAUUUACCUUUUUGUUUAUGUUUUUUUUUUUUUAAAUUGUUGAGAUUUCAACAUAAAUCGCUGAGUUAUAUUAUUAGUUCCUCAAACUUUUUAGCAACAAUAAAGUUUUUAUUUGAUAAAUUUUGUUUAGGAAAAUUAAAAUAAAAUCUGUUUUAUUUCCAAACAUUAAACAUCUCGUGACAAAUUAAAAUAAAUUCAUUUUGACGCAGCAGAUUUUUAGAAAGAUUAAUCUCAACCCAAUUAAUUUUUAGUACGAGUACAAAAAAACAUAAUAAACACCAAAUAAAUCUACAACAAUCCACCACCAAAUAAAAAACAUUUUCUUGAGUAUCUUCUCGAGGCAACAACUGUCAACAAUUCACUGUACAUAUAUAAAAGUUAUAUAAAGAUGAAAAAUAAAUAGCAGAGUGUGAAGAAGUCUGUGGUUAAACUUUUUACAGCAUCGUGAAAUAUUUAUUAUUGUAUAUUUUGCACAGAGUUGAAAAAAAUCAUAUAAUUUAAUUAAUAAUAAUACUUUAAUAUCCCACAAUGUGCCAAAAAGCAUAUGAAUGAAAUGUUGUUCGACAAAAAAAAAUGUUUUAGAGACAAAUUAAAUAAAUUACGUUACGCCAGUGUGUUGAAAGACUUAUGUAUGUGUAAUAAAAUAUAAAUGAAUAAAUGAUAGUAAAUUAAAUAAUUUAUUAAGAAGAGUAAAUUCAGAUGCUGAAUAUCUAUACUAGUUAAAUUGUACAUAUAAUUCUAGCACAAAGUUGAAGAAAAAGGAAAAUGAUCUAUAGAAGAAAAUAAAUUGUAUAUUAAGGAAUAAAAAAAAAUUAAGCAAGGGUGUCAUUUAAAAGUAUUUUAGGCAUAUUUGUGAGGAAGAUUAAACUCACCCACCACAAACCCUUCGCAUUUUGGGGUGUAUUUUUCACAAAGAAAAAAAAUUAUGUAUUCGAGAGAUAUCCUUUAAUUACACCCCUCCCUCCCCCAAUGUGCGUGAGGAAACAUUCUCUAGUUAAUGUCAUAAUAUUAUAUAGAGAGAGAGGAGCUAUUAAAUUACGCUAAGUAUCCUGAGAUGAUCGCAUUGAUGUGGAAUCCUCGUAUGAAUAGAGCCCCUCUUCCACGGAUUCCAAAUCCAAUUCAAUCAUCCUGCCUAGUAGAUAGAGAUUCGUAAAAUGAGAAGGAUUUUAUUUUGUAAAAUGUAAAUAGACUUAAUAAUAUUAUAGAGAGAGUAUAGAGGAAAAAAAAAGAAGAAAAAAAUAAAUCCACACGAAAAUAUAUUGUAAUUAAAUUUUUGAAAGCACAUCGCUCUCUCUUGGUUGGGUAUGGCGCGUGUAAAGAGUCAACUUUUGGAAAAUACUUCCCUCCUCCUCCAAACCCUUCCACCCCCCACGAAAAAUCUCAUAUUUUCCAGAGGCAAACUCAUUGAGGGGGCGAUGUGAUAAAGUGUUGACGAGGCGGAGUAAAAGCGGAGAAAUAUCUCCUCAUACGACGUGAAAGAAAUUAAUUUUGACAAUGAGUGGUGAAGUAUGUGGAGAAAUAUUAAUCAAACAUACAAUUAUAUCGACAUAUUUAUUAUAUACUAGUCAACCCGAGCCCCCAAUCACGUGUGAGCAAUCACCAUUUUAAGCUAUAAAAGGGGGGCGUAUAUUAAUAGGGGGGAUGAAUAAUACGGUACCCCGAGAAAUUCUAAAAAUAAAAAAAUCCCGUUAUCUGACCCUUCAACAGGUAGAAAAUGGGAAAAAAUCGAUUUUUCUGUGGGGGCGCUAUAAAGGGGGGUUGGGGCGGAAUCCCAUAUAGCGCUUGCAACUCGUAUUGACCCCCUCUACCCCCAUACCAAAUUUCAUCAAAAUCGGCCCAGCCGUUUAGGAGGAGUUCAUGUGCCACAAACAGACAGACUUUUCAGCUUUAUAUAUUAAGAUUAACACUCGUUGAGUGAAAAUUUGGAACAGUUUAUUCAUGCGGCCCCGUGGCAAAAAUAAAAUAUUUUUUCUAAACACACUAAAAAAAAUAUAUAUCACUUUUAUGGUGCUAAUAAAAUAUCAAUAUGAUUUACCUCAAAAUGUGAAAUUUCCAUAUGAAAAGUAUUUCGCAUACAGUUUGGGGGACACAAAUAAACGACUUUUGCAACUUAUCUAGCAUCCCAACAAUGUCAUGAGAGUAAAUAUAAUUUGUCAUAGCAACUUGCAAAACCCACCUUUCAUUCUAUUUUCUCUGUGCAAAAGUUCAAGGGGUAGCUGUCUGUUGAAAUUUUCAACAUCCACCUACAUUGCAUAGUCAGAUGAAUGUUUAAAUAUUUUAUGAUUCAUGAAUAGGAUUUUUUUUAUAAAUAAGGACGGCCUGAACUACAUCCUUUGUAAAAUUCUUUCUCAAAUUUAAUUUUUCAUUUAAAAGAAAUUAUUUAAUUUAUUAGUUUCUUUAGGUUUCUUUAUGGACUUCCUUUUUAAUUAGAAAAAGGAAUAAAUUAGGGCUAAUUUAAAAUUUUCUCAUUUUUUUUUAAAUAAAGGAGUUAACCCAUAUUUGUAUGAAAAGAAAGAUAUUUCAUUAAAAAAAAAACAAACAGGAUACUCGAUACGUAAACUUGAAAAGAAUAAGAAAAAUAAGACUUUCAAGAUUAUCAGGGAAAAGUGCGGCAAAUAUUUGCUUAAAAAUGCAAACAAUGACGUCACAAUACUAUUUUGUCUCUCUUAGUGCAUAAACCAUUUAUGCUAAUGCUUUGUCGAUUAUUUUAACACAAAAUUAUUUAUUUCAUAACGGGAACGCCUCAACACGAGAAAAAAAUGCUUUUAAAGAGCCAAAAAUGUAGAAUAGUAACGUCAUUGUGCACAUUUUUGUGUAAAUAUUUGCCACCUUUUUUCAGCUGAUUUCAGUGGAAAAUGGGAAGUAUUUUUUGAAAUCUCUUUUUCUCUAUUUGUAUCUUAUUUGUUUGUUUUAAGAAUGAAGGCUUUUUUCAUAGAAAAUUAGGUAAACUCCUUACUAGAAACAACAAAUUAAUUUAUCAUGUCGUCCAAUGUUAGCCAGAUGAAGGCCCCUUUUUGCGUGGAAGGAAAUUUUCCAUUAUUAUAGUUUGUAUGGUUGAAAAAAUUCGUUAUAAUGGCACAAGAAACUGUAUGCAAACCAAUUCAUCAUUUGUGAUUGCAUCUCCUCUGCAUUAACUCGAUAAUAAUAAACGAAUGAACCAUUCAGCAACGAAGUGUACAAGAAAGGAACCCUUUAUGUCUCUCACCGUGCAUAUAUUGAAUCUGGCCACCCACUAGAAUUUUCUCCCCGCACUCAACCCCACCCACACCCACCCUCCUCGUGUGCUGAAGAAAUAUGUGGGCGGGUGUACUACACACACACAUUUCCCAGCUUGAUAACUUUUGUAUGAACAAUAUUAUACUGAAAAUAAUAACCACGCAAGGAGGAUACUUUAAUUUUAUACUCUCUUACCCCUGCACAUACAUCCUUUUCUUCUGUGUGUACCACCGUUUAUUAAAUAUGGGAAAAUAAAAUUAUCUUUAUACCCCAGAAAGACAAGGCAGCUGAACUUUCAGAACUUCAUUUGAUGGAAAUUUAUAAAAUGUCAAGGACAUAUUUUCCGAUGCUAUAUAUACAUCGCAGUCUUAUUUGCCUUAAUUGAUGCACAUGCAGCAUGAGAAAAUAAUUUUGAAAUAUUGAAUAUAGUGAUGCCAAUUUAUCAGUCAAUAGCAUGAAUUUAAUUGCAUUCGCUGCUGGGGACAAAUUUUCCUCAAGAAAAUAUCAAUUUUCCCAUGAUUUUUUUUUCCAAUUAAGAAAGAAACAGCGAAAUAGUGCAUUAUUUUGUCAAUUUUCUCUCAUUUUAAUGGUAGCAAAAGGCACAAGAAAUAUUCUAAUAGAUAUUUCUCACGGAAUACUAAUAUUUUCUUUGCGUGCCAAGAGGCUUUCAUUAAGCACAAAGUCAAAAACAUUUCGCAGGGGGUUAAAAAAUCCAUCAUCAUCGUGAAAAUAUUCAUAAAAACCAUGAAAGUUAGAAGGAAGAAUAAUUUUUUUCAUAUCAAUUUAAGAAAAUUCCUUUUUAACUGUUGGAGAAAGAGAAUUAAAUAUUGCAUUUCAAUACAAUUAUGAGAAGGAUUUUAUUUUUAAUUGAAUUUCAAAUUCAUGAUGAUGGAGAAUCAAUUAAUUGAAUUAAAUAAUUUCCAUGGCCUAACGAAGGAAGAAAUAAAAACAAUUUAAUUUGAAAUAUUCUGUUCUACAUAAAUGUUACAUCAAAGCUUUUCAUUUGUUUUAAUGAAAUAUAGAGCUUUUUAGAGCUUUUCCAAUAUCCUCAAGACACUUAAAUGACCAAUUUUCACUAAACUGUCCUACAUAAUUUUUAAAUUAUUAAAUUCACAGAUUUUAUCUAAAAACUUUAAAAAUAAAUUAAUUGUAAAGCUUCAAUAAAAUUUAACCGAAAAAGAACCAAAACAGAACAGAAUUUACUCUGGAAAUUAAAUAUUCAUUUAACAUGAAUAAUUAUGAUUGGAUAUUAUGCGAUUUUUUGAUCAUUUGAUUCAUUUUAUGCUCAGAGAGAUUUUUUUUUUGGAAAAUUAUGGAAAAGAUUAAAAUCAUUAAAAUGUUUGAAACUUCAUAAAUGCUCUAAAAGCAUCCUUUCAUCCAUAUUCAUUCACAAAGUAACAUUAAAUAAAUCAUAUGGACAAACAUCUUGCAACAUGCACUUUAAUUUACAUAAAUUAUCUGACCCCUUUUGAGGGGAAUUUAUGGACAUUCUGUUAAGAUUUAUGUUGGUUACUAUAUAUUAACACCAUGACUUCAAUUGGAAUCACCUAAUUACAAUCACCUGAUGACAUUGAUUUACGAUGACCAUCAUGAUUAAUGAAUACUUAAUUGAGAAUGUGUCGAGCCUAAUAGUUUUAGUCUCAAAAAAAGAAGAGGGGGCAACACAAUGUGUUCACCUUAACGACAAACUGUCUACAGUUUCAUUAUUUUAAUUAAGUUGAGCACAAAAAAAAACGAAGCUUUUACCUGUUGGAAUUACUAAAUUCAAUACACGUUUUCAUAAUUAAAAGAAAAAUGAACGAUAAAAGAAAAUUCUCGUGAGAAAAAUUCUUCUGAGGUAAUUUUCUAGGAUUAAGACUGAUUAAAGAUGAUUUGAGCAUGGUCAAGAAAAUCAAUUGAUUAUUUCAUCGCAACGAUUUGAGAAUUUUCUUCAUCUCCUACAUAAAGCUCCCGAAUCCUCAUUCAGAGGAGGAUCAUUGCGAGAGAUUGCUUCGAAAGAGCUCCAAUUGAAAUAAAUCCCAUAGAUAUUCUCAUGCUCAUUCUCAACUUUAAGAAGCUCUUUGGUGGAAAAUUCAAUAAUCAUGAAUGUUCCACACCCCAUAGAAUUAAGCCACAUAAUACAUUAAACUACCUCCCCAAAAUUGAUUUUCCAACCAUUAUCCCCAGUAGAAGCUUUUCAAGUCAUGAUGGUCUGUGAUUUUCUACCACAAAAUUUGGAUUUUCAUUACAUUCAUGAGAAUUAGGUACUACCCACUAUGUAAUUAAAGAUUCCCAUCCAGAGUGAGUGGAAAAUGAUUAAUUUAUUGUAUCUAAAGAAGCACAAAUUGAUGACGCCCCAAAAUGAAAAUCAGUAUUAAAACAAAAUGAAAUACAAAUAAAACGAAAAAAUUGUCCAAAUAAGUGAAUUAUUGAUAGAUUUUAAAAUGCCUUUUUAAUUUUAAUUUCAAUUAAACAAAUCAACGUUUUAAAUGUCAAUCCAUUAGUGAAAAAAUUUAAUUUAUUCCGAAAUAUGCCAAUCAAUUAAUUAAAAAAAAAUUAAUGUAAUUGAAGCAUUUUACAAAAUUACAAAUUUUAUGUUUUCCAAAUGAAAAUUGUAAUGAAUUUUUUUUUAUUUUCAUCCAAUUGGAAAUAUUUCAAAUGUGCAGAACGAGAAUAAAUGAAUUUAAUGGAAUUUAUGUAGGGUGUAGAAAAUAAAAACAAGAGAUAAAGCAUGGUGUAUGGUAAAAGAGGAAGGAUUGUGUAUUUUAUUGAAUUUUAAUAAAAAUGAAUGAUGCAAAAA